AUGAGUCAAAAGGAAGGCUCCGGUGAAAUUCAAAUCUCUGCUUCCGGUGCUCAUCUUAUGAAGGUUAAACAAGAAGCCGGAGAGAAGAUGAAGAAGGAUGCCAAGAAGAAGAAGGCUAAAGACUCAAUUGGAGCGAGAGUCAAGAGGAUGAAGAAGAAAGAUGGCAAGAGCACCUCCUCUGGACCUUACUCUCCCUCGCUGUUGAAGAGUCAGGAUGUCGUUAAUCUCGUCGUCCAAGCUCAUGGCAAGAGUAAUCUAGCCAGGGCUUGUACUGACGAUGAAACCCCUGAAACUGUCCCGGAGGGUUGGUUCUGUAUUCACGAGAAAUACAUCUCCAAGUGCCACCUUAGGUUCCCUCUCCCAACCCUCUUGCUAGAUCUCCUAGAUCACUAUCAACUGGCCCUUUCCCAACUUUGCCCCUCGGUUAUCCGAGUGGUGAACGGAUUCAUCACCAGGGCUAAGGAAGAAGGAGUUAUCGUAGGGUUGAGUGAGCUGAUGAGUCUGUUCCUGAUAAAGGAGAGCUCUUCCAAGGAUGGUGGAAGCGGGACCUAUUACCUCCCCUGUCGUCCGAGGCUAGGCAUUUUUAAGUUUACGGCCAGUGAUGAUGACUGGCGAAAGAAGUAUUUCUAUGUCAAGAUCGACCCUUCGACGGUUCCUGGAUAUGUUUGUGUAUUCGUUUUUGCUUAUCGCGAUUUGCUAACCUCUUUGAUUCUUCUUGCAGAGAUUGAGGACCCUGUCAAGUUAUCCGGUAAACUCACCAGAGCUCUCUAUAGGAAGCUGCAGCACAGCCCUAAUACUUUGGGAGCUUAUACUACUACGAGAGUUGGGUCAGCUAGGUUCCCUGAACGAUACAAGGCUUCUUUUCCUGAUUCAGUUUCGGUUGCUGGUUUAGAAGUUUCCGAAGGCGAAUCGAUAUUCUCGGUCUCGUCAGGAGCCAGUACCUCAGAAAAGACUCAGUCACAGAAGAUGCCUAUCCAGCCCUCAUUCCGUUCCAGGGGUAGAUCAACCAAAGCUGCUAGCUCCUCUCGAGGAAGUGACAAGAAUCAAGGAGGAUCCUUCCUCAGCUCUGUGAAGGAAGUCCUUGACGAUGGAGGCUCUGCUCCUGCUAAAGAUGCCGGUCGCUCCGAGCCCAAAGUUCAGGAAGUUGUCCCUCAUUCUGAGGUCCCGAAGACGGAAGCUGAUCCUCAAAUGUUAGCUGGAGCUAUCAACAGGGCUCAGUUCAAAUUUGAGGACACUGUGCACAAUGCCCCCAUCACUGAAGAAUUAGCUCAGGUUACUGAGCUAGUGAAGGCUACCAAGACGGAGCUUGACCAGGCUCGGAUUCAGGUCUCUGAACUUCAAGCUGAGGUCAAGAGACUCGGCUCCAAGGCUGACGUUCAGCAAGGGACGAUCGAGAGUCAAGCGAUUGAUAUCCAAGUGAAGAAUAGGAAGAUCGGGGAGUUAGACUCUGCUCGGAAGAUAGCCGAGUACCAGGUCAAAGAGCUGAUCGCUUCAUCCCAAGACAACCAGAAGAACAAGGAAGCUGAGGUCAAGCUUGCCGUCCGGAAAGGAAAGAAGGAGGUAGCUGAUGCCUACAACAAGAUCUUGGUUUCUGUCAAGGAGAAAUUCUCCAAAAAGAAGGAUGAAGUCGAUCUUCUGGUUUACGCUCAAGAGCUUCAGGCUAAUACUGAGCUCCUAAAGGACAUGCUGGACAAUGAAAUCAAGAGUGCUAAAGAUGAGUACCAUCGCUUGGUGGCUAUGAUGCCGGAGGCAGUUGCUGCUUACGAAAAGGCCCAAGUCUCGGACUUCUCGCUCCAGUCGAGGCGUCCGAGAUGGGCGAUGAUAAGGAGGCAGAAGAGGGAGGUCCAUCCAAAGAAAGUGAACCAGCUGAAGGAGAUAAGAAAUAUCGGGAGGAGCUCCCGUGAUGAUGAUGUCUAA